AGCCUACUAGGGUAGUGAAUGUUAAUAAGUUAAGAAUAUCUAAAAUGAGAUAGGUUAAGGUGAUUGUUUUGCAGAAACCAUGGGGCUUCUCGGCAUUUUAAUAACAACAUUAGGAAUCAUCAGCAAAUGUUUCUGCUUGUUGGGGUACGACUGUGGGGGAGAAUCAACAAACAUGACGACCAUUUCACUAUUGGACACGGGGGAAAGUAAUAUCCCGUCGCAUGCACCCAAUGCUACAGAAGUCUAUAUUCAGCUUCUACAGUUAGCAGAGUACGAUCAUACACACGUACACCAAUGCCGAGUGGAGAUCGACAGAACAAUCUAUUAUUGUGGAAUGUCUUCACACGUGUCAGCUGAUCAAAAUGGAAGGUAUCAGGUUUGCGGGCCAAUGCCACCGAGUAUCGGAGUGCCACGGUGGCAGGAUCGAUUUUAAUGGACGGCAAGUGUUUUGGAACACAAUACGCCGAUCCGUACAGCACGUGGGACAAUGUAGUGGUGCAAGCAUCGAUAAAGAUUAACAUCAAGGAAUAUUAUGGUACUGUGAAGAUAACACAAAACAAUGUAAUCCUGAGUAAAGGUGAAGUGUGCGUAUUCACGGAUGGAAUGUGUAUCACCGAUGAGGAAGGAAAUGCGUUUUGGUCAACCAGACUGGAGUCGUCAUGUAACUUCGAUAAUUACAAGGUGUUAUAUGAAGGACUUACGACCAAAUUAAAAGCUAUGGGGAAUACGGAAGUAUACCCAGACAUAUACACUAUUACGACUCAAGACGUCACAUUCACUUUGGAAAAAAGAGAGGAGCAUCAUCUGUGUGGUUAUACGCUACUACUCAGCGAGCAUUCAAAGUUAUUUAUUCUAGAGACACAGAAGGGAAGGACCUUCGCGUCAAAAGCAAAAUUAUCGGUCGAAAACCUCGAUCUAUUCGCCUACGUCAACUCCAAAUUUGUCUACCUCGAAAAGCACAUAAGAACGCAAAUGACAGCUCUAUACAGUGACGUAAUUAGGCAAAAGUGCGAACUGGAUAAGCAGGUCCUUAAGAACGCUUUGGCAUUAGCGACCCUUCGCCCAGAUCGCUUAUACAAUCAUGAAGGCAGCGGGGUACAUGGCUGUAACUGUAGGAGAAGUUAUUCACAUAGUGAAGUGUACACCCGUCCCAGUCAGCAUAAGGCUAUCAGAAGAAUGUUACCACGAAUUACCUGUAACAGUCUUUACCUGACACCAAAAUCGAGAAUAUUGGUAAAGACAGGUACCAUAAAAGAAUGCAACGCUGUAUUACCAUCCAUGUACUACUUGGAGGGGAAUUGGUACAGGCUGACACCGAAGCUUGUGGAGGUACUCCCUCCCCAAAUACUCCAACCAUUGACCAAGCUGGCAUGGAAAUACACCAACACAAAAAACUUAAUGACAAGCGGAAUUUAUAAGCACCAGGACUUAGGCAACUUACGAGAUCAUAUCAUGUUUCCUGCAGAGAGACCUGGACUUCCAAAUACAAUUGCCAGGGGAGCUACAGGACACCGAAUCCCACCCAACACCGUUUCGAUGUAUAAUUUAUUGGGAGAAGCAGACAUCAAUAAGAUUACGGACAGCGCAAUCUCGAAACUGUGGCAAGGCUUUUUAGCAUUUGGAUCAGCCAGUGCUGGAAUGAUCGGACUGUUUAUUUUAAUCAAAAGUAUAAAUUAUGUGUCGACGCCAUUAUCAGAGGAUAUGUGCUACAUACGGUCUAUGGAUGAAGCCUACAUCUGCUAGGAGCCAUCUAGAAUUCGUUGACACACCUACUCCUUCAUCUGGGACGAUCGGAGAAACAAGACGAAAAGAAAACAACAGAGAGUGACGGAAACAACGAUGCCAUCAAAGUAAGAGUGGACGACCCAACGGAUGAUGCUACUCCAACACCCGCAAUCAGGGGAAGCUCGAGAUACUCAAUUUUUGAAAGCAUCCUAGCAGCUCGUAAAAACAAGUCGUCAGAAAUAGAAAUUUCCUAACGACUCAAUUAGAUGAGGAGGUGUCACGUCACCAUGUGACGACGUGUGUUACCCAAAGCAUCUCUAAAUAAUAGAAUAUAAAUAACAGAAAUGCUAAUCCUAAUCGGUAAUCUUAUUGUCGAUAGUUCUACUGUAGGUAAGCCUACCAUCGGUAAUUCCACUGUCGGUAAACUUCCGUAGGUAAAUCUAUAGUCGGUAACCCCAUAGUAAAUAAACACAUCUUAGAAAUAUUAACAAGAUUGAUGAUU